CAUUACCAGACAAAAUUUUAUGAAAUAAUAAAUAACCAUGAAAAAUUUGCCUGUAUCUUUUUCGGCCGAAUCUCCGGGAAAGGUUUUGUUUUCCCCAACUUCUGGAAUUUCUUUGUUCUCAUUAUUCCCUUUAUUUUUAUUCGUCCCGGUAUUUUUAUUAUCAUUUAUAAUAUUAUUUGGCACGUAUAGAUUAGUUAAACUUCGAACAAUAGAGUAUAAUCCAUUAAUAGAUAGACGACGGUUGUCGCCUUUAUCCCGAAUAAUUUAUGGAACAAGCGGUUUUAUAUUACUUUCUUAUCUUGCCGAUUGUGCCGUGAUCAUCGUUAGAGCAUUAGAAUCUAAAGUUUGGACCUCAAAUUAUAUCGUUUUUUAUGAAGUUGGAUCAUGGGCAGCUUGGGUUUUAAAUUUAUCAUUGAUGGUUUAUGAAAGAAAGAAAUUGGGAAAAUGGUCAUCAGUGAAUUAUUGCUUUUAUUUUUUGUCUCUUUCUGCUGAAUCGUUAAUCUUUCAUUAUUGGAUAACUCAUUUUAUAUCUAAUAAACCUGGAGAUGUAAUUUCAUUUUAUGAUCAAGCUCUUGUUUAUAUAACUUCCAUUCGUUAUGUUUCACUCAUCAUUGUAAGUUUUGCAUCGUUGAUUCAUGCCUUUCGCUCCUCUUCUGGCCGAGAAGAUUUUGAAUCAGGUCGAGGACUUCUUGGUGACGAUUCAUCUUAUGGUACCUUUCCAUCUAAUGAAAAUGUUGAUCAAACAGGUCAACAGCAAAGGCAACCUGAAAAGGGUGCCUUUUCUGAUUUUUUUGAGAAAAUGGGCAGUCUUUUACCAUUUUUAUGGCCCAAGAAGAACUUUCUACUACAAUUUUUAGUAUUUGUAUGCGUUGGUUUAUUAAUUGCUGGACGUAUUAUAAAUGUGUUGACUCCACAACAAUUAAAGACUAUUACAAAUGAGUUGGUUGGUGAAGAUGGUCCACCGAGAUUUGCAUGGGAAUCGAUUGCAUUAUACGUUUUACUUAGAUUUUUGCAAGGUGGUGUUGGUCUAAUUCAAUCAACGCAAAAUUUUCUAUGGAUUCCCAUUGGCCAGUAUACAACCCGUGAAAUUUCUGUCAAAAUGUUCGAGCAUUUGCAUGGGCUUUCAUUGGAUUAUCAUAUAAAUCGUAAAACAGGAGAAGUUUUACGCGUUAUGGAUCGAGGAACGAAUAGUAUCAUUUCAUUACUUAAUCAAAUUAUAUUUCAGAUUUUCCCUGUACUUGUUGACAUUGUAAUAGCAGUUAUAUAUUUUGUUGUCGAAUUUGGUUGGAUUUUUGGGGUUAUAGUUUUUAUUACGAUGGGAAGUUAUAUUUAUGUCACAGUUUUGAUUACUGAAUGGAGAACCAGUUUCAGACGUGAAAUGAUUGAUUUAGAUAAUGAUGCGCGAUCCAAAGCUGUGGAUUCACUUUUGAAUUUUGAGACUGUCAAAUAUUAUAAUGCUGAGCAAUUUGAAAUUAGAAGAUAUGAUGAGGCUAUUGUCAAGUUUCAAGUCGCUGAUUAUAAAGUAUCAGCGACACUUAACAUGCUUAAUCUUAGUCAAAAUUUAGUUAUUACGAUAGGAUUAUUAGCAGGGUGUUUGUUAUGUGCUUGGAAAGUGGCUCGUGGAGAUUUUAGAGUUGGUGAUUUUAUUCUCUUUGUCACUUAUAUCAAUCAAUUAUACGGUCCGCUCAAUUGGUUUGGAACAUAUUACCGUAUAAUUCAACAAAAUUUCAUUGAUAUGGAAAAAAUGCUUGCAUUAUUUAAAGAACAACAAAGUGUUCAAGAUGCGCCUGACGCAACAGAAUUGAAAGUUACUGAAGGAUCGGUCGUUUUCGAGAAUGUUGGAUUUGCAUAUGAUCAAAGACAAACGGCUCUCGAUGGUAUUUCGUUUGAAAUUCCAAAAGGAAAAACAGUUGCUUUAGUAGGUCCUAGUGGUGGCGGAAAAUCAACUAUCCUUCGACUUCUUUUCCGAUUUUAUGACGUUAAUUCGGGAAGAAUAUUAAUAGACGGACAAGAUAUUCGUUCUGUUAAACAAGAAAGUUUGCGAAGAAAUAUUGGAGUUGUACCACAAGAUACUGUUUUAUUUAAUGACACGAUUUUCUAUAAUAUUCAUUAUGGAAACAUCAAUGCAAGCGAUGAGGAAGUUCAUAAAUCUGCAAAAGCUUCUCAAAUUCAUGAUCGUAUUUUAAAUUUCCCUGAUGGAUAUGAAACACGUGUGGGAGAACGUGGACUACGUUUAAGUGGUGGUGAAAAACAGAGAGUUGCUAUUGCUAGGACAAUAUUAAAGGAUCCACCGAUAAUUCUUCUCGAUGAAGCCACGUCCGCUCUUGAUACUACCACAGAAAGACAAAUUCAAUAUGCUCUUUCACAUAUGACGAAAGAUCGUACAACUUUAGUAAUUGCACAUAGAUUGAGUACAAUUGUUAAUGCUGAUUUGAUUCUUUGCAUUAAGGAUGGAAAAGUUGCUGAACAGGGAACUCACGAUGAACUUAUUCGAAAAGCCGAAGAAAACGGAGGAGAUGGUAUAUACUAUGAAAUGUGGCAAAAACAAAUAAGAGAUGAAUCAGAAGGAAAAAUCAUUGGAGAAAAUGAAGGUUCGAGUAAAAGUGGCGGCGAUGAUUCCAAGAACAAUGAAACAUAAGGACAACAUCCAACAUAUCAUGGGCAUAAUGGGCAUUAAUAAUUUUACAUAUAAGAGCAUUCUUGUUUCAUCAAUUUGCCAUAAUAGUAGUAGUAUAUUUUUAAUAAUUAAUUGUACAAUAGGUUAUUAAUUAACUUACCAAUAUACUGUAUUUAUUUGUAUUUAUUUGUACAAUAAGUUAUUAAUUAACCUUAAUAAAUAUAAUAAUUUCGUUAUCC